AGUGUUCAUCGCAAAGGAACUGCCGUCUCUGAUAAAAGAUGUGGAAAUCAGCGAGGCUGUCGAAUAUGUGUUGCCUUUGAUGAAUUCAUUAGGAACAGAUCCUGAGGAUCAUGUGCGCGAAGCAUUUGCUCCUGAGUUAGAUAAAAUUAUAUGGUUUUAUUAUUCACAUUGUCCACUAAGAGAGAUUACGACAGAAAUUACAACAGAUAAUAUCCAGAACGAUAAUACUUCAACGUCAAGGCCCUUGACUCCACAAAGACCACAAACACCUCAAAGUCCUCAAUCACCUCAGAGGCCGCAGACUCCAAUACAGCAAUCAUUGCCAUCACAGCCGCCUACUCCAACUAAUCAUUUGCCAUAUCUAUCGCCAGCUGCCUUUACACCUCUUCUUCAUGCAUUGCUUCUUGAUCAAAACACUAGUAUCGCACAAGCAGCUCAAAAUGUUAUACAAUCUCUAGUUGAGAGAAUACUGGAAGAACCAGAUGUUAACCCUAAAGAAAAGGAAUUACUUGAAAAAGAAACUUUGGAAGGUGUUGUUUUAGGAAUAGGUCGUCUUGAUCAAGAGAAAGUAAAGAGAGAAGAAUUAAAUGAAUGGGAAGCUGACGGUGACGACACAAGCGUUGGUGCCGUUACUGGUAUCGAGGAAGAAGUUGAGCUAGGCCGAAUGACAAUGAUGUCGUUGAUAUCAUCUUUAGCACCGAUCGUUGGCCCAGAAAGAUGUAUCCGUUUAUUUGUACCUGAAUUAGAUAAAAUGAUGGAAGAACCAGUAUUCUAUGUACGGAAGGAAGCGGCUUUAGCGAUUGGAAGUUUAGCUAGUGUAUUACCUUUGGAUAUAAUAACUUCAAAAUUGCUUCCUGAUGAAAUGAAGUCGGAUCGAGCUGUAAAAGGAAUUGAAUUAUUUGCUGGUGACGUUAGCC